GCGAUAUACGGUGAAUAAGAUUUUCAAUAAAAAAAUUCCACUGCUUUAUCAACAAAUUAUAUAUUAUCUAAAUUAACAAUUUUAUUUUAUUUUAUUUUUUAGCUUUUGCAUUAUUCAAUGUAUAUUGUUUAAAGUUACCAAGUUAAAAUUUGCUUUUUAUUUUAUAAAAAAAUACUCAAAUUUAUUAAAUCACUUUACUCUUUUUAUCAUUCAAAUUACCAAAGCCCCUUUUUUUUCAAUUUUCUUCAAAGUAAAAUUAAAAAAUUAAAGAAAAAUUCAUUAUAAUUUUUAUUUUUUUCAUAUCUUCCUAACAGUAGACGUCCGUCGGAAGAUUCUUCUUCCGGUCUCAAUAGCUUUGAUUCUUUGUUCAAAUCAAAGCUCCUUCGAUUCCUUCAAUUUUAUUUAUUUAUUUUCAGGUUUACUUGAUUGUAUACGAAUUUGAGGGGGAUGAGGCAUUAGUUUUCAUGUGAUGCCAUCAACAUGCGGACAGAGUCACAGGUCUCCAUAGCCUCUGAGGCACAAAAUAAUCAAGAAAAUAUUCCUAUUCAGGUUGGAGAUCCCAAGGUAGUACCAUCCACCUCGAAUAAUUCUGUGCUGGAGCAACCUGCUAAAAAGCCAACUCGGCAAUGGGCUGCUUGGACACGUCAAGAGGAAGAGAGUUUCUUCACUGCAUUACGACAAGUUGGGAAGAAUUUUGAGAAGAUCACAUGUCGUGUUCAAAGUAAAAACAAGGAUCAGGUCAGACAUUAUUACUAUCGUCUUGUCAGGCGGAUGAAUAAACUUCUGGGUCCUGGAUUAUGUUUGGAUGCCAAAAACUCUAAAGAUACUAAUGCAGCAAUGCUUCGCUGGUGGUCUCUAUUAGAAAAGUAUAGCUGCAAAGCCUCGAAACUUCAUUUGAAACCUCGAAGAUUUAAAAUUUUUAUUGAAGCUUUGGAGCAUCAACUUUUGAAAGACCGGAAGAAGAAUGUACGAAAACGACCAUCUCAUGGUGAGAAUAUUUCACCUACAUCUCCCAACACUACCACAAAUCAGAGUAGGGCUUCUGGACAUGAUGCUCAUACUGUCAAGCUGGUUCUUGUAGAGAGUCAAAACAUUCAAAAGUUAGGACCUGGAAAAGGUUCAUUUAAGCGUAAUAGCAAUGUAGGUGUUAAUCGUAGCAAUAACAAAGGGGAGUCAAAUACCAUGAAAGUUGCUUCAAAUACCAUGAAACCUGCAAGGCAGAGAUGGAAAUCAGUUGCCUCAUCAGCUGCAUAUAAAAAAUGGGAAAAGGCUGCAAUUGCUGGUGUUUCUUUGGUUGCCGAUGCUGCUGAGCAUUUGGAGAGAACUACUAGUGACAAAGAAGUUGAACAUGAACAAGAUACACCAGAUCCAGAGCAUAAGAUCCUUGAACCAGUUGACAAUAAUCAACUUCCUUUGCCUGCUUUCUCUCAAAAUCCUUUUGCUGAGAGCAAUGUACAUGCUACUGUUAAACUUAAGCUCCAGCUCUUUCCAAUUGAUGACAAUACUAGAAGAGCCUUGGAAAUGGAUAAACACAAUCCAUACUUGGAACUCACUCUUAGUAUUCGAAAGAAGAUAUCAUCAGUACUGGAGCAUCUGAAUCGAAAAUGGGGCAACUCAAGUGUAGCAUCAGGAGUGGUUAUGCUUUUCCCUUAUGGUGUUCAAAGAGAAAACCUUAGGGCUUAUCAGAGAUGGACUCAAGCAGCCAUUGUCAGUGCAGCAGACGUAUAUGCAAUGAUUGGAAGGCCCCAAGUAUUUCGCCUAAGGUAUGGUUGGGUUUCUGAUGCUGAAGUUGAAUCUUUGACACGGCAAGCACCUGUUUCUUCAUCCUACCUUUCCAAUGUGCAUAAUAUGAAUGCUGAAAGUAGGAAGAGCUGUGUUAUGGAAGAAGCACAAGUAUCUGCCUCAUCUAACAAUGAUAUGUCUAAGAAACUUGAUGAUCCUUGCAAGAAUCAGCCAAUAUUACAGAAAGAAAAUAAUGCCCUGGAACCUCCUCGAACUGGUUUUCCCACCUUGACGGAAAAAAACCUUUCCACUGGUCUUAAAGACAAUUUUGGGGAUUCCCCUAUUCCUGCAAGAAAUGCAUCAUCAGAUAGAAGUGAGACUUGCAAUCUUGCUAUUAUGAGAUGGUUGGCAGAUGCAGAUGAUCAGAGAUUGAGAAAUAGCACUGCUGCAUUAUCUGCUGGUGAAUGGGCCGACAGUCUUACAAACAUAAGUGUCGGAGAACUUCUUGCAGAAGUGCCUCAUGACUUGGAUGGUAACUGUGUUGAUUGCGCUGUUACAGAGAACUCGCAAUGUCUUCAGCAGAUUCCAUUCAGCUGUGAUUCAUUUGACGCAGCCAUUGCUGCUCAUAUUUCUAUGCAUCAAAACAAGAUGGACAUUCCAUCAAUACCAUCCCAUGCAUCUUCUAUCUGGGAUGCAGAAGAUACAUGUGAUGCCUUCUUAUUUCGAAAGAAUCCUAUUCCUUGUACCAAUGUUCCUAGAUUCUCCGGUAUUACUUCACAAGCAGCCUGCAAACAGAUUGCAAGACAAAACUUAGCAGAAUUGAGCACCCAUUCUAAGGAAUCACCUGAUCCAGUGGAGCCAAUGGAAAAUUCUGCUUGUGAAGACCUCACAGAUGAGUGUCCAUCUGAUCCACACAUCAUGGAUACUACGGAAAACGAUUUCAACGGGCUGACUGACAUUUAUUGGCCUGAGUCUCUUGGACCACUGGAUCUCGAUAUACCGACUUGUAAGUACCAUACUGAAGAAUUAAUUUUCAGUGAUAGCCUUGGAGGUUUGAGCCGUUUAAUAGCCAGUAGUCUGGAUGCUUUUCAAAAUUGUUCAUUUUUCGGAACGGACAAGAGAGAACCAACGUCAACAGUAGGAGCUCAGGAUACUUUCUCCUCAGCUUUUAAAAUUAGCAGUGACAACUGAAACCGUAAUCAAGUUUAGUUUCCGGUGAAAAACACUAAUUGCGAGUGAGAGGUAUGUUCUUGGAAACUUUCAAUGGUGUGACUAACAAGUUUGUUUGACCUUAAAAUGCUAAAAGAGAAUAGGUUGAUCAGAGCCAGGAGAAUUCUGGCUUUAUUAAUGAACAAGCCUCUUCAACUAUGUACAAAGCACUUUACUUCCCAUACUUGUACAUCUUUCUUCUUUCAGAAAUUGAACUUUGACCCAUUUUAUUAGUGGAAAUGGUAUCAUAUUGUUUCGGUGUACCGUUUUUAAUUUAUCAAUAUUUUUAAAAA